AGGGGAAAAAAUCCACCAUGAGCAAGAGUGAAAGAAAGGCCGCUCGGAUCCAUCGUGCAGUGGCGGAAGGAGACGAUUGUGUGGUAAUUGAUCUGACAAAACCCUGUUGCUUCAAGCUUGCUUCCAUUGUGGAAGCGCGUGACCCCAUUACGGAUGGGACACCCCUUUUGACGGCCGCCGAGAGGGGGGACGUGGGCAUUGGCAAGAUCCUUCUCUCCAGAGGCGCCGAUGUGCACGCUGUCGACAGUGACAUGCGCACUGCCAUGCACGUGGCGUCCCUCCACAACCAUGUCCCGUUCUUGGACCUACUCCUGGACCAUGGGGCGAACGUGGAUGCCCCCAACCGGGAGGGGAUGACGCCUCUGUUCCUUGCCAUCCAUUUGUACGGAUCCCGAGAUGAUGUUCAGGGUAAGGGCGUGAAGGCGAUUCGUUUCCUCCUGAGCCAGGGGACCAACAUCAAGAUUUGCUCAGGGCCGGAGGAACACACCCCCUUCUUGCGGGCGGUGGCGCUUGGGCACCAGGACAUCGUGUCGCUGUUUUUGACCUGUGGGAGGUCGGGGCGGGAGGAAGGGAAGGAGGAAGGGGUGGUGGGCGUGGACCAGGACCGAGACGCGCACGGUCGGACUGGAUUUAUGCUGGCCAUCGCCCAGGGUUCCUUGGAAAUGGCCGCUUUGCUCCUGCAGCACGGGGCGGACAUGGAGGCGAAGGACAAGGCGGGGAUGACGGCCUUGGCAUGGGCCGUGGGUCGUCCGGAGAAGUUGACGCUGAAGUUUCUGCUCGACCGCGGCGCCAAUGUUCGGAUCCAGGACACGGACUCAGGGGCCACGCCCUUGAUGCUGGCUGCCCAGAAUGGGGACGUGGGGCUGGUCCAGCUGCUCGUGGAAGGGGAGGCGGACUUGGAAUCGAAGGACGGUCGGGGUUACACUGCCUUGAUGCACGCGGCCGCCAAGGGGCAUUCCCGUGUCGUCAGCUACCUGAUGGAUCAGACCGCCCUCCAGGACUCGCAAAAAGACCCCACCUCCGCGCCCGCACGCCGGAACCGGGGCAGGGGCUCGGAUCCGGCCUCGGCCCGCGCCUCCGACCCUCCGUCGCAAUAUGCCUCCCCGGAAGAUGUGGCGGCCACAGAGGAGAUCAAAUCCUUGGUCCGUCGCGCCAAAAAUUGCGGGGCGCCGAUCUUGCCCAGCGCCCCCACAGUCCGGAAGGAGAAGCUCGAUCCUUUGCACCCCUCCAUUCUCCUGGCCUUCGAGCCCCCACGUCCUACGGCUGCCUGCCCCAAGCUCGGCGUCUUGAAGUACACCGCCGAGUGCUUUGCCUGGGAGGAGGCCAAAGGGGAGGAGGGGGAGGCAGGGGGGGAGGCAACAAGAAGGGAGGCGGAGGAUAGGGAAGGCCCGGUGGCGGUGGUGGAGGGCGUGGGGCAGGGUCAGUCUCCCUUCGUCUUCCGUGGUCUCGAGAGGGGCCGCUGGUAUCUCUUCAAAGUCCACGCUCAGUCCGAGGGAGGACGAGGGUUGUCGAGCCGCACCGAUCCGAUCUUCUUGGCCACCACGCCCCUCGGGGCCCCGGAGAUGAAGGAGGCGGUGGUGGAGGCGGUGGUGGAGGAAG